AUGAACGAUUUGAACAUCCGCUACGUAGCCGCCAGGAGAUAUGCGCCCGGAGAGAAGCUCGACCUCGUACCCCAUGACCCAUCAGAGCCAUUUGGCUCAGGGGAUUUCCCGCCCUUCCAAGACGAUUACCAGCCGCGCUCGCUCCAGCCCACAGCGGAGGAGCUCAAGCUGAAGAAGCCCCGACUCAAGAUCGUGGAGUCACUCCGAGCCGGCAGAGACGUUGGCUCUCAGAUUCUGCUCUGCAAGGUCGUUCAAGGACCUACGGACCGCGACAACAUCAGGAAGCAUGCACCCUUCCCGACUUUCCCCAAGCACAGCAAGGUGAGGCGGGGAGGCAGCUUCGUCGUCGCAAACGUAUUCGACCCUCGACUCUAUCCCAUGCGCGACGCCAUCGACUUGCCCCAGAAACCCCCCUUUGACGACGUCACCGUCGCGUACAGCGAGCUCUGCCGCGAGGCCGCGGUGUACCAAUUCUUCUACGAGAACGAGAUGUCCGGAUACCCUCACAUCAUUGCUCAAUAUUACGGCUGCUGGGUCAUCAAUCGCAAGGUUUUCAACGUCGACGCGACUGUAGACGAAUGGGUUGGUCUCAUUCUCCUCGAAUACAUUGAAGGCCUUUCGAUUGAGGCUAUGUGUUAUCGCGACCGUCACACCGGGUACCUCCAGCCGCCGCUAGGCAGGCCUGUUUCGCUUCAUAGCGAUCCCGAGGCGGAGGGUAAGGGCCAGGCCAAGAUGCUAUCACUGGACCGCAAAGUGUGCUUGAACGCCUUCAAGGAUUUCCUCAAGGAGAUCUUUGUCUGCAUGCAUCUAGGCGUGUCCAUGCGCGACAUAUUUCCCCGCAACGUCUUCCUCACGAUCCGCAGCAAUGGUCACGACCUCGAGACGCCCCGCGUCGUUCUACUAGACCACCUCUUCUCAGUCGUAUGGGAGCACUCCAGGCCUUGCAAGGAAGGAGUACCAUUCCCCUUUGGCGACCUCGAGCUUCCUCCUCACCCUUGGGAACAUUGUUGCGUCAGCGCUGUCAGUGAGUUCCUCGGCUGGAUUCCUCCACAGUGGGAUGAUAGGAAAUGGCUGCCGGCGAAGACUUCCCCUGCCGCCACCUCUCUGGCAACCGGUCAAGCUUCCGACGUGGCCGGGGUCACUGAAGAGACGGGAAUCGCAAAGUCGUUUAGUGACUGGCUCGUGGACUGUUUCGGUCCUUUGGAUGACAGUAACCCGGACUAUACGGUGUACCCAGAGGAGAUUUCUGACAAUGGUGAGGAAGAUGAAGGGGAACUCGGAGAAGAAGAUGAUGAAGUGGACAUAUCAGACGAGAGAGAACCUCAGCCAGACGUGGAGACCGUGACCGAGAUUGAUCAAGAGCAGGUGUAUGCGAAUUUGCUCGAACGGCGAAGAGAAUGGGAGGCUUCGCGUGCCCAAGAUGCCUCGAUCCCGCAACGUCCACGCCCGCACCCCAACCACACCCAGGGCACCCCCUCCCGCUCGCCCACGCGCAAGGCUGAAGCAGCAGGAGGAGGAGGAGGAGAGCAAGAGUCCUCAAUGUCAUCAACCAGCUCCACGGCCCAGGUCGCCAACAGUCCCUCUCACCAGUAUCUUAGCGGGCUCGUUAUUCGGGAAGCCACCGGCUCGGGCUCGGAUAGCGACAAAGAGCAGCAGCCGCCGCGGUAUUGA